AUGGGUAUUCUUGAAAAAAUUGCCGAUAUCGAAAAAGAAAUAGCACGAACACAAAAAAAUAAGGCAACUGAAUAUCAUUUGGGUUUACUGAAAGCAAAAUUAGCAAAAUUUCGUCAAGCAUUGAUGGAAGGUGAUGCUAAGAGUGGUGCGGGCAAGGGUGAAGGUUUCGAUGUUGUUAAAUCCGGUGAUGCUCGUAUAGCUCUUAUUGGCUUUCCAUCCGUCGGUAAAAGUACUUUACUGAGUACAGUUACACGUACUGAAUCAACAGCGGCUUCUUAUGAAUUUACAACUUUAACUUGUAUUCCGGGUGUCAUUCAAUAUAAUGGUGCUGAGAUUCAAUUGCUCGAUUUACCUGGUAUCAUUGAAGGAGCUGCUCAAGGCAAAGGUCGAGGUCGUCAAGUUAUCGCUGUAGCUCGAACUGCUGACAUGGUUCUGAUGAUGUUAGAUGCUACCAAGGGUGAAAAACAAAGAGAAAUUCUUGAAGAGGAACUUGAAAGUGUCGGCAUUCGAUUAAAUAGACGUAAACCAGAUAUAUAUUUUAAGCCAAAAAAAACUGGCGGCAUUAAUAUAACAAGUACAGUCCCUAUGACAAGAUGUUCAGAAAAAAUGAUUCAACUGAUACUUCAUGAAUAUAAAAUGUUUAAUGCUCAAGUACUUUUUCGUGAUGAUUAUACAAGCGAAGAUUUUAUUGAUGUUGUAGUUGGCCGACGUGUCUAUAUGCCUUGUCUCUAUGUUUAUAAUAAAAUUGAUCAAGUAUCAAUUGAAGAAGUUGAUCGACUUGCUCGAUUGCCAAAUUCAGUUGUUAUUAGUUGCAAUAUGAAAUUAAAUAUUGAUUAUAUGCUUGAAAGUAUAUGGACAUUAUUAAAUUUAAUACGUGUUUAUACAAAGAAACGCGGUGAAAAACCUGAUUUUGAAGACGGAUUAAUUGUUCGAAAUGGAACAACUGUUGAGCAUGUCUGCCGAAUGGUUCAUAGAACAUUGGUUGAUCAAUUCAAAUAUGCUCUUGCAUGGGGUACAUCAGUAAAAUUCUCACCGCAACGUGUUGGUCUUUCGCAUGUUUUACAGAAUGAAGAUGUGAUUUGUUUAAUGACUGAUGAUGAGAAUGAACCAUUAUUACGCGAUAAUGGUCGUCAGCAUACAUACACUUCGCUUAAUUCAUAUAUAACAGCAAAUGCUAACACGACGCAGUCAUCUUCAAAUACAACGUUUGCUUCCGGUGAAAAAUUACUCUCGGGUCGUUAUGAAUCCCUUGAUUAUGAAUGUGAUGAAAGUGAAAUUGCACAUAUGGAAGAGAAACGUUUGGGUUAUCAACAUACACGUCGUUUAGUUGCAUUGAAAUGGCUCAUUAUGUUAUUGAUUGGUAUAUCGACUGGAUUAACAGCUGUAUUUGUUGAUUAUACUGUAAAGAAAUUAACAAAAUUUAAAUUUAGCUAUGUACAAAAUAAACUGGAUUACUGUUUAGCUGAACAUUGUUUGUUUCAACCAUAUCUAUCAUGGAUUGGUAUAAAUAUGGGUAUGGUUCUUAUUGCGGGUUUUCUUAUUCUUUGGGAGCCAGUUGCACGUGGUUCAGGUAUUCCACAAGUUAAAUGUUAUCUUAAUGGCGUAGCUGUUCCACAUGUACUUCGUUUGAAAGCAUUAGUUGCCAAAGUAUUAGGUGUUAUAUUUGCUGUAUCCGGCGGAUUAGCUGUUGGAAAAGAAGGACCUAUGAUCCAUUCUGGUGCAAUUAUUGCUGGUGGAAUAUCACAAGGAAAAAGUAGUUCGUUGAAAAUUGAUUUUCAUAUUUUUAAAUAUUUUCGUACGGAUAAACAUAAACGUGAUUUUGUAGCUGCUGGUGCUGCAGCUGGUGUUGCCGCAGCGUUUGGUGCUCCUGUUGGCGGUGUUUUAUUUGCUUUAGAAGAAGGUGCUAGUUUUUUUAAUCAACAAUUAACAUGGUUUAUUUUUUUUGCUUCGAUGGUAUCAACGUUUACUUUAAACGUUGUCUUGAGUGCAAUAGAAGGCCAUUUUGGUGAUUUAUCAUCGCCUGGUUUAAUCAAUUUUGGACUUUUUAACGAUGUUCCAUAUAUGUGGUUUGAAUUACCUUUAUUUAUUCUGGUGGGUUUUAUCGGCGGUAUCUUUGGUGCUAUGUUUAAUCAAUUAAAUUUACGUUUAACUAAAUUUCGACAUCAUUAUAUAAAUAAACGUUGGCUAUUAGUUAUUGAAUUACUGCUUGUUGCAGCAACAACUGUUGUCAUAGCGUUUCUGUUGAUUAUCGGAACCAUGAAUGAAUGUCGACCGAUUAAAACUCAAUUAGAACUUAAUUCACCAACAAUACAAUUAUUUUGUCCCGACGGACAAUAUAAUACAAUGGCAACGAUUGUUUUCAGUACGCCCGAACAAGCCGUUAGAAAUUUAUUUCAUAGUGAAAUAGGAACUUACAAUGCAUGGAGUUUGUCGGCAUUUUGUAUUGUUUAUUUUUGUUUAACAUGUUGGACCUAUGGUGUUAUUGUCAGUUCGGGUCUGUUUAUUCCAAGUCUUUUGAUUGGAGCUUCGUGGGGGCGAUUGAUAGGAAUUAUUCUUCAUACAUUAUUUCCAACAUGUGUUAAAUAUUUUGAUCCUGGUAAAUAUGCUCUAUUUGGUGCUGCAUCGCAACUUGGUGGUACAAUGAGAAUGACAAUUAGUCUUGCAGUUAUUUUAAUUGAAGCUACUGGCGAUAUUGUACUUGGCCUACCAAUUAUGAUUGUAUUAACAGUGGCAAAACUGACUGGUGAUUAUUUUAAUGAAGGAUUUUUCGAUAUUCAUAUUGCUUUACAAAGUGUACCGUUUCUACCAUGGGAAUCUGACGCAUUUGCAUCGCAACUUUCGGCUUUAAGUAUUAUGUCAGCGCCAGUGAUUCAAAUAAAAACUGUUGAAAAAGUUGAGAAUAUUUACUGUAUUCUACGUUCUGAAAGUCAUCAUGGUUUUCCAGUUGUUGAUCAUCAUGAAGAUAAUAUAGCUAAUCAGCGAUCUGGUACCUUUCAAGGAAUUAUUCUACGACAUCAACUUAUCACCAUAUUAAGAAAACGAAAUUUUAUUUCCUUCAAUGACAAUCUUCGUGAUUAUUUAACAGUUGAUGAUUUUCGUGAAAGUUACCCACGCCAUCCAUCCAUUGAAAGUGUUCAUUUGACUAAUGACGAGCGAGAACUUUAUUGUGACCUGAGACCGUAUAUGAAUUUAGCUUAUACUGUUUCACAUCGUUCAACACUUCCACGUAUCUUCGCAAUGUUUCGUGGUCUUGGUUUACGCCAUCUCGUUGUUGUUAACGAUAAAAAUGAAGUUGUUGGAAUGAUUACACGAAAAGAUUUAGCUCGAUUUCGUAUGAAGCAUAAAAAAGGUCAUACAUCGAUUGAAGAACUCGCUAUAUCAAACUAA